AUGGGUUCCGCGGCCGCGCCGCUGUGCCACGUCGUGGCGGUGCCGUACCCGGGCCGCGGCCACGUCAACGCGAUGCUGAACCUGUGCCGCCUCCUCGCCGCGCGCGACGGCGUCACCGCCACCGUCGUCGUCACUGAGGAGUGGCUCGGCCUGCUCGGCGGCGCGGCCGAGGAGGAGUGGGGCGCCGGCGUCCGCCUCGAGGCCAUCCCCAACGUCGUGCCCUCCGAGCACGGCCGCGCCGGCGACAUGCUCGGGUUCGUGGAGGCCGUGUACACCAGGAUGGAGGCGCCGUUCGAGCGCCUCCUCGACCGGCUCGGCGCGACGGCGGCGGCGCCGUCGGCCAUCGUGGCCGACACGUUCGUGCUGCCGUGGGCGGUCGGCGUCGGCAACCGGAGGGGCGUGCCGGUGUGCGUCCUCUCCGCGCUCGGCGCCACCAUGUUCUCUGUGCACUACCACUUCCACCGGUUGCCUGCCGCCGCCGAUGGCGCCGAUCCUUGCUUGAUUGGAAGCUACAUCCCCGGGCUGAAAUCAAUCAGGUUAAGCGAUCUUAAGCCCACUCACUCCAACAAGAACAUGUUAGAACGCAUAAUGGAAGCCUACUCCUGCGUCAGAAAAGCACAGUGUGUCAUCUUCACCUCCUUCUACGAGCUGGAGAGCAAUGCCGUGGACGCUCUCCGGCAAGAGCUGCCAUACCCGGUGUUCUCGGUUGGCCCUUGCAUCCCCUACAUAUCACUCGAAGCCGAACACCACCACGCCGGAGCGGAGGAAGAAGCAGCCUACAUGGCAUGGCUCGACUCGCAGCCGGCGGGCUCGGUGCUGUACGUCUCCCUCGGCAGCUUCCUCUCGGUGUCACCCGCUCAGCUCGACGCGAUCGCCACCGGCCUCGCCGAGAGCAAGGUCAGGUUCUUGUGGGUGCUCCGCGGAAGCGACGCCGCGCGCUCCGGCGUGCGAGACCUGCUCCGCGAAGGCGACGCCGCCACCGCCGGCAUGGUCGUGCCGUGGUCGGACCAGCUCAAGGUGCUGUGCCACCCUUCCGUCGGCGGGUUCCUCACCCACUGCGGCAUGAACUCGACGCUGGAGGCGGUGCACGCCGGCGUGCCGAUGCUGACCCUCCCCAUCGCGUUCGACCAGCCGGUGGUUAGCCGGCUAAUCUCCGACGAGUGGAAGGUUGGGUACGGCCUCAGGGAGAAGGCCGGCGACGUCGUCGUCGGACAGGAGGAGAUCGCCGCGGCGGUGAGGAGGCUGAUGGGUUCUGACGCGGCAGAAGAGGCGAAGGAGACGAGGAGGAGAGCUUCGCUGAUGCGAGAGGCUUCUCGCGCAGCGGCUCAAGUGGGUGGUUCUUCCUACAGAGGCAUCACGUCUUUGAUCGACUAUCUCUCAGAGUUCAAGAACUGAAACUAAA